AUGUCCAUGCCAAAAACCUCUAAAUUAUAUCAAUUUCUCAAUUACCGAAUGAGAAUAACACUUCAAGAUGGAAGACAAAUCGUCGGUAAAUUCAUGGCCUUUGACAAAUUCAUGAAUAUGGUUCUGGCUGAUUGUGAAGAAUUCCGAAAAAUCAUUCCAAAGAAUAACAAUGGAGAAGAAGUUGAACAGAAAAGAACACUAGGAUUUCUCUUAAUUCGUGGAGAGAAUAUCAUUUCAAUUAUUGUAGAAGGCCCACCACCAGCAGAAGAUUCUCGAGUGAAAUCCAUAUUAACCAAACAAGCUCAACAACAAUCGGCAACCACCACUCCUAGAGGUGUCUCUGGUGCUGCUACAGGUGGUGUUGCCAUGGCAGCUGCUCGUGGAAUGGCUCUAGGUCGUGGAGGUGUUGCAGUUCCUCAACAGCAACCCAUGGUGGCAGUGGGAUUAAUGACAGGUCCAACUGUUUCCAUGACGCCAACAGUGGGCAUGACACCCAUGCAACCACAAGGUGGAAUUGCACAAAUGUCUGCAGGUAGAGGAAUGGCAGGCGGUAGAGGCAGAGGAUCCACACAAAAGUAA